CGCCGCUAAUGCCGUGGUCCCUCGCACCUGCCGGCUCCGUCUGUUCCAGUCAAGCUAGAAGCUCCCCAGGGCCGUCUUGAGACGGUCCAGACUCUCCCCCUGAAUGUAGAACAGCCAGUUGGGCCGCCGGGUGACCUCAUCCCGAGCCAUCCAGCAAGUGAGUGCUGGAGCUGGGACCAGGGCCGGGUUGCCGAGGAGCAGCCCAGAACUCGAGAUGGAACCCUAAGGGAGCCCUCACCAGCCCUCUGAACUUCCUGAGCCAGGAUCCGCCCGAUGCUCAGUGAUCCUAUCCGUGUUUCACAGUAGCUGUAGGAGAUGGCUUCUUCACAGGUGUAGCCUGCCUUUCACCGAUGAGGAAGCUGAAUCUCGAGCCGGGGCUGGUGGCUUGGAGCCACUCAGACAACGGAGAGCUGGAGAACCCAGGGUCCAGACUCCCAGCCUGAUGGGUUUUGGACAGAGGCCUGCGGGAGUGGGCUAGGGAUCUGGCCUCUGCCGGCAACGGAGCAGUGCCUGUACCCCCAGGACAGAUAACCCCAGCUGACCUUUACAUGGAAAGCAGGGGAGAGGCAAGAAAGCUGCAUGCAAAGUUGACUGGGUUUGGUUAAACUGCACUAUCACGCUUUUCUCGAAAACAGCAAAAUAGGUAACAUUUUUGUUGUCCUUGUAUUUGGCAAAACUGGAAUCCUGUCAAGAUCAUCUUUUGAUCCUGUGCUGCACUUCAUAGUUCACACCAUACUUUGACCUUCAGUUUCUUCCUUAGGACAACCCUACAAUAGAGGUGUCGUCUGAUUUUCUUAGCUGGAGGAGCAGGGUUCAUGUCUGUGUUGUUCAUUACUGUACACCACCCCCCAACCCCCCUCCCCCAGGCCUGGCACCUGGACGCGCAAAAAUUUUGAAUGAGUGAAUCAAGUUUUAUGGAGGGAAAUUAGAGUUGGGGCCUCUAACUUGGGUAAGGUCAUUGUAAUAAAGACAGAGCUGAGACUCAAAAUGAUAUCUUCUGACACACAGGCAGAGGCUCUUUUUAAUUCCAUUGCCAUCUCUCAGAAUCAUAGACUGUUAAAACUGAAGAAAGGGCCCUCGGAGAGCAUCAAGUCCAUCCCCCUCAGUUCGCAGUGAAGAUGUGAGGUGGAAGCUUCAGAAAAGCACGUUUCCUAGGCUUCAGAUGAGCCGACAAGUGGUCCGCUCCAGCAAGUUCCGCCAUGUGUUUGGGCAGCCAGCCAAGGCCGACCAGUGCUAUGAGGAUGUGCGCGUCUCGCAGACCACCUGGGACAGUGGCUUCUGUGCUGUCAACCCCAAGUUCGUGGCCCUCAUAUGUGAGGCCAGCGGGGGAGGGGCCUUCCUGGUGCUGCCCCUGGGCAAGACUGGACGUGUGGACAAGAAUGCGCCCACGGUCUGUGGCCACACAGCCCCUGUGCUGGACAUCGCCUGGUGCCCGCACAACGAUAACGUCAUUGCCAGUGGCUCCGAGGAUUGCACAGUCAUGGUGUGGGAGAUCCCUGACGGGGGCCUGGUGCUGCCCCUGAGGGAAGCUGUCGUCACCCUGGAGGGCCACACCAAGCGCGUGGGCAUCGUAGCCUGGCACCCCACAGCCCAGAAUGUGCUGCUCAGUGCAGGUUGUGACAACGUGAUCCUGGUGUGGGAUGUGGGCACUGGGGCCACCAUGCUGAUGCUGGGCACGGACGUGCACCCGGAUACAAUCUACAGUGUGGACUGGAGCCGAGACGGUGCCCUCAUCUGCACCUCCUGCCGUGACAAGCGUGUGCGCAUCAUCGAGCCCCGCAAAGGCACUGUUGUAGCUGAGAAGGACCGCCCCCACGAGGGGACCAGGCCUGUGCGCGCUGUGUUUGUAUCAGAUGGAAAGAUCCUGACCACAGGCUUCAACCGAAUGAGUGAGCGGCAGGUGGCGCUGUGGGACAUGAAGCACCUGGAGGAGCCGCUGUCCCUGCAGGAGCUGGACACUAGCAGUGGCGUCUUACUGCCCUUCUUCGACCCCGACACCAACAUUGUCUACCUCUGUGGCAAGGGUGACAGCUCUAUCCGGUACUUCGAGAUCACUUCUGAGGCCCCAUUCCUGCACUAUCUCUCCAUGUUCAGUUCUAAGGAGUCCCAGCGUGGCAUGGGCUACAUGCCCAAACGUGGCCUGGAGGUGAACAAGUGUGAGAUUGCCAGAUUCUACAAGCUGCACGAGCGGAGGUGUGAGCCCAUUGCCAUGACAGUGCCUAGAAAGUCGGACCUGUUCCAGGAGGACCUGUACCCACCCACUGCAGGGCCGGAUGCUGCCCUCACAGCUGAGGAGUGGCUGGGGGGUCGGAAUGCCGGGCCCCUCCUCAUUUCCCUCAAGGAUGGCUACGUGCCCCCAAAGAGCCGGGAGCUGAGGGUCAACCGGGGCCUGGAUACUGGGCGCAGGAAGACAGCACCAGAGGCCAGUGGCACUCCUAGCUCGGAUGCUGUAUCCCGGCUGGAGGAAGAGAUGAGGAAGCUCCAGGCCACUGUGCAGGAGCUACAGAAGCGCUUGGAUAGGCUGGAGGAGACAGUCCAGGCCAAGUAGAGGACCCCAGGGCCUUCAGCUGGGACCCAUGGCAUCACCACCUUCCCUUCCAUUCAUACUCCCUACUCCUCAGGCCACAAUGGCACAUAAAAGAAAAAUAAUAAUAAAAUGGCUUUAUUUUCUGAUA